GUCCUCCCCGUCCGUCGAUUUGCAUUAAAAAGGGCCUGACACAUUGGCUCCCCUGAGUCAGGGAACUUCGAUGGCUUUAUUGUCUGUGCCAUUGUUAUUAUCGUCGUCGUCGUCGUUGUUGUCGUCGUCGUUGCGGUUCAAACGGGUUUUGGCUGGGGACGCUUCCCAGUACUAGUCAAGUCGGUCAAGGAAUGCUUUGCCUUCGGACGCCAACGGUAACAGUAGUACGCUCUGAUAGGCGUUUCAUGACCUUUUCCUCGGACAGUCGCUCGUUUCGUCCUUCAUUGUUUGCCCAAAACCCGCCAUCAUGGUUCUAGAGGGCCCCGAACAGCCUGGUGGAAAGAAUGGGAUCCCGGCUGUGGCACUGGCAGUUACACAGUCCAAGACCGCUAGACCCACGGUGGUCCGCAAGAAGUUCGCCAAACCUCCCGUCAAAGUAGCUUGUUUGGCCUGUCGUGCUUCAAGAACACGUUGUGAUGGCCAAGACCCGUGUACCAAUGUAGGUAUACUUCCUCAUGCUUUGGCUUGUCAGAGCUUUCAACAAACAUCCUCCCCCGGGUGUUCUUUCCUAUCGUCAUGCUGUGGACCUAUUCUCUUCCCUCUUUCCCCUCUGCAGCUGCUUUUUUGUGCCGCCAUGGCUCACCGCGCUGUUGUGGCUCUCCACACCUUGGUUCUCAACCGGUUGACUUUCCUCGAUCCCUCAAAGAACUGUUCCAGUAGGAAUAAGAGUUGCUCUUAUUUGCCCAGUAAGCGGGGUGGCCCAAGGAAGAAGAAGAACAAGCCAUCUGCAGCUGCAGAACCUCAACACGAUGGUGUCGAGGAUCCUACGACUUUCCCGGUGUCUUCGGGAUUUGACGAAGCAUCCGGGUUGUUUGGACAAAUUGACGUCCUGUCGAUUCCAGGGGCAGGGUUGAGAAGCUUAGACUUCCCCUCUGAUGUCCACGCCAUGUUUGCGGAUCUAUUUGUUCCAGGCACAGAGAACACUCACGGCCUAGAGCCGACCCCUUCCCCAUCAAAUAUACCGUCUCGGGCCUUGGUCAGGACGUACGGCAGUGAAGAUGCUCUUCUCAACGCAUACUAUGACUUUAUUCAUAAUUAUUUCCCCAUACUCCCACCAAGGGUUGACCCCCCGACUCCUGACCGGCCCCUGGAUUGUGCUGGCUCGUUCACGGAUUCCCCGUCAGAACAACCAAUCUUCAUCUAUAAACCGAGGUCCCCUUUGAGUCUGGCGAUUUCGGCGAUUCUGGCCCUGGUACCGCAUCCAAACGACCCAGAACCAUCGGGGCCUGCGUCCGUCAUCCGCCGUCGCACUUUUGCACACACAUAUGCCCAGCUGGCAAAUUCAGCUAUCGAAACCGAUUGCGAGCUUCACGCUUCGUCCACCUACCCUUCAGAUGCAUUGACAAGUGAACGGCCUCUCAUUGAUCGAGAGUCUUUUCAUCCCAAGACUCCAGUGGAACUCGAAAGUCUGCUCGCGCUUCUCGUACUUUCAAUCUACGAAUACAAUCAACGAGGCAACCUCCUCAAGAUGCGUUACCGUGCGGGUCAGGCUCUGGCCAUAGCGUUGGAUAUGUCUUUGCAUUCCCUUGGGGAAGAGUUCGACGACUUUGCGGAGGCUCGGAGGAGAGCUUGGUGGAUGACUUAUUAUUGCGUCUUGCAGGGCUCUAUCGUCAGCACCACACCUUUAGCUAUCAUCGCGAACGAUCCCCAAUUUGUCACUCCUUAUCCACGGUUUUCGGCCGAUCCUGAUGGCUGGUCGGUAUUAAUACAAGCUCAACAAGUUCUUGUGUCAGCAACACAAUUCAUCAUCGAUCUGAAUAAAUGUCUAUCCACGAGGACCAACAUGUCAUACAUAUUUGAACGGAUGCAGCAACUUGAUGCAUGGGCGAGCUCUGUUCUGGCACAAUCAAAUCUACUUCCAAUAUUGCCUCAGUCUAUGGCAUGUGGCGGGGAGAUGGAGUUGACAACAGCUCAGAGUAUCCGUGCAAUAUCACGAAUCAAGUUGUCAAGCGCUCAAAUCAAAGUGCAUCGGUUCAGGGCAUUCUCAGACUUACCAAUCUUCGUUAAGAAACACUGCGAUCUGACCUCGGCUAAUCCGAACAACACAAUGCCGAACAAUACUUCCAAGAAUUUCAAAUCGCAAAGUGGGAUUGCAAAUAUCGGAUGUUCGUGUAGCCUGGAGCCGUUCCAACAGGCACCCAGUGACUACUCAUCGUCGUCGUCUUCUGUGGCGUCAGAUACGCAGCAGUACCCUUUCAUUCAAGGAUUUCCAUACAGCAUUCAGCAUUCGGCGAAGACGUGUCUGAGAGCAUCCCUUCUCAUCUCACGCAUGUUCUACAGCCUACCCCUGCCCCAACCGCUUCUUGAUGAAUGUCAAACUCAGCAGGGGCUACAUAUGCUGCCGGAUCAAUUACCACGAACCAUGCCGUCAUUUGCGUGCUGCCUUAUGCAAGGCAGCUAUGCUAUGCUAAUGAUCUAUUAUAAAGCACGCGAGGAGAAAAAGCCCAAAGAAAGUAGAAUUGACAAUACUCCCAACCCCUCGGACAGACUCAUCGAAGAAAUCCGCAAGGGGCUGGAGCGAAUAAUUGCUACUGUUACAAACUACGCGAUUGCAUUUGAGGCGUUAGAUGGAAUGAGGGAUGAGAUUGAGUGUGCAUAUCAAACGGCGUUUUCUCAAGCGUAGGCCUGUUUUUGUUUUAGGUGGACUCAAGAGUUCUAUUUAUUUCCACAAGAGUCUUCCAGGAUGGGACUAGUCGCAUACUACUACUUUAUAGUAUCCGCAACACAUGGCGCGGGAGCCAGUGAUCUUUUCAAUACACUUUCAGUUCCAUCCAAUUCUGAUACAUCAACACUAUUAAGAAUUUAACUCACGAUGACACGAUGACGCUGAUACCGCUUUCUCAUGGUACCUUUCAAUUACCGAUAGGAAUAUCUUAAUAAGUAUAAUACAGGCCACAAGUUGAAAAACUAAAGAACCACGCAGGAUCACUUGAGUACUUAGC